CUGUGACUCCCUAUAUAAGGAGGCUCUCAUUUCUGGUAGAGUGCUCAGACUCCUCUACUAAAAUGCUUAUCGCCACCUCUUCAACUGACCAUCGGAUUCUCAAGUCUUCAAAGAAUGAGAGCUGUGACCCGGAGCUGCCACACUGAGCAAUAAAGCUCGGCUGUGCCUCAGAGAUGUGUUUCAGAGCUACCACACUGAGUUGUAAUAUUUGGCUAUAGCACAGAGCUGCUCCUCUCUGCUGCAACACUUCUGAGCAUCCCAAGACCAAGCCCUAACUUCCAUGGGAAGCUCUUCCCCAUCCCACCCAAUGGCUGGUGCAGGCCCAAGACCACACAUUGGCAUUGCUAUGGAGAAGAGGCCCUGCAAAAAGCCACUGUCUCCUUUUAAGGGAAAGAGAGUCAGGCCUGGGCACUGGUGGGCAGCCCUGAGAAAGGUUUCCUCCGCUAUGAUGUCAUACAGAAAGGGUGGGGUGUGGCAGAAUGUGGGUGAGCUCUGUUACCAAGGCACUUGCCACACAGGUGGCUGCCAGAAAGGUUCUAGCACACCUAGGGUCAGCACCCUACUGGCCUAGAUCUGUGCAACUGAACCUUGCCCUACAUGUUUUCGCUUUGUUUUUGGGCUACAUUGUUGGUGCACUGGCAACAGAUAUGCCUGUCCAUCCUGGCUGUCCCACAGCCAGGCUGGACCCCAUACCCAGUUCAGCUGAACUCUGAGCCCCUAGCAGCUAAUAAGCCCUCUUCCCUUGAUUCUGAUCUCCCAAUCAAAUCACUCACUGCCCUUACUCCCCCAGAAGAGCCUGGGGGCUUUGUUUACCCGGAUUCCUCGGUGCCCACCAAGAUGUUGUCGCCACCUCAGAGGUUUGCUGGACAGCUCUUCCCACAGAUGGAUAAGGUUGCCGCCCCACAUCAAGGUCUGUGUGCCAAGCUACCUUGGCAAGAGAGGCUCCAAAAACUGGUUCUGAUGGUAGAUGGGGGUCAGAAUCAAUUUCUAGCUCUGCCUCCUCGCCUCAAAAGGAAGAUCCAGACUUCUGGGCUCCAUCACAUUGCAGACCACCAGGCAGGUGAAGUACCUUUUGUACCUCUGGACAGGCAGCAGUCAAAAGCAGCAAAGUUUCUUUCACACCUGAACAAGGAGGAGGAGCAGGAUCAGCAUCAGCAACUCCCUGAAGUGGUGGUUGGAACUCCACAUCAACUUGAAAAACCUAAGUUUCAGCAGCAGGGGAUCCUAGCUCAGUCCUCAGUGUCCCCUGAGCAGUUUGGACCUUUCACUGAGAAGGAAGAGGCUCCAACUCAGCAGCCCAACCCUGCCAUGAAGGAUAAACCUUCUGCAUCCCAGGGCAGGGUCCCAAGUUGGCAUGCAGAGCUUCCUGAGGAGCGUUCUGGACACCAGCAGGAGAACUCAGCUCUGUCCCCAAACUUCUCUGCCAGAGGUGCACUUCAAUCAGUCCACCACGAGCUCCCAGCUCAGCCUCGGAGACCCUCUGUGAGUGCUACAAUGACAUUUGUAGCCCAGCUUCUGAGCUACCUGAGGACAUGACACCAUCUCCAGUCCCCCAGGAGGCUGCAGCCCCACCUUCAGGGCCACCUAAGGAGCUGGAACCUUCUCCAGCUCAGCAGAUGACACCACCUCAGCCUGUAGAACUCCCUGAGGUGGGCAAACUCCCCGUGCUGCUGCCAGCCCCAUCUCCACCCCCAGAGCCUCCUGAGGAGGUAGAGCUUUCUCUGGCUCAGUCAGUGGACCCAUCUCAGCAUCCACAUGAGCCACCCAGUGAGAGUGUAGCUCCCCCUCCAGCCCAAUAUGAUAUUAUAGUUUCAUUCCCAGUGCAGAACCAAGCUGUGCUGCCACCAUUGCCCAGUGUUGCAUCUGAUUAUUUGGACGUGGAAACCACUAUCACUCCAGUAUGCACUGCAGAGGGUGAACUUCCUACUGGCCUCCAGAGGUCUGCAGCUGUUCAUGCAAGGCCCGCCAAGGUGACAUUUCCACCACCAAACCUGAUUCUGGGCACAGUUGGACCUUUGGACCCAGAGCUUACCAGAACUCCACCGUGGACUGCAGAAGCUAGAGUUUCUCCAGCUAUGCAGAAGCCCUCCUCCCAGCCUGCAGACCCAGCUGAGUCUGUCACUCAACCUCCAGUGCCUCCUGAGACGGGAGCUCCAAAUCCUCAUCAGGAGCCCACUCAACAUCGCCCAUCACCCCCGGUCACAGGCCCAUUUUCCCACAUGGAUCCCAGCAGCUCUGCCGUGCCCUCCACAGAGGCUGCACACUCUCCGUCCCUGCAGAAAUCUACAGCUCCUCCUGUAACAUGGACUGGGGUGACGCUGCCACACCCAGACCAGGUUCAGGCUCAGCAUCCAAUCCUGACUGAAGUCACCACUCAACCAUUGGAGGGGAAGCCUUUAACCGUGCUAAGUGCACAGAGCAGCACAACACACAAGGACAUAUGCGAGCUCUGUUCCUGCCAGGAGGAGACCCUGUCUUGCACUGACCUCGGCCCCACCCGCAGGCUGCACGAGGUGCCUGCCCUUGAGCCCAGUGCCCACAACAGGACCUUCACCAUCUUAAAUUUCCAAGGAAAUUCUAUUUCUUCCCUUGAUAAGAAUGUUUGGAGAACAUACCAGUGGGGUGAGAAACUAAAUCUCAGUGAAAACUCCCUGACUGAAUUACGAAAAGACUCCUUUGCAGGCCUGAUGUCCCUGCAGUACUUAGAUUUAUCCUGAAAUAAAAUACAUUCAAUUGAAAGAGGGACAUUUGACUCACUACCCUUUUUGCAGUUUGUAAAUCUUCACUGCAAUUUUGUUUCUCAGAUCAGCUACGGAACAUUUCAUGCAUGGCACAGGAUGCAGUUUUUACAUCAAGUAGUCCUCAACAAUAACCCUCUGACAACUAUCGAAGAUCUAUCUUUUUUUAAAUUACCAGCAUUAAAACACCUAGACUUAGGAGCAACACACGUGCCCCCUGCAGUGCUAGAGAACAUCCUCACCAUGACUCUGGAGUUGCAAAAACUGAUCUUGCCGAGCCACAUGGCCUGCUGCCUCUGCCAAAUUAAGAGUGAUAUCUAGGUUGUGUGCCCGACAGUCAAGCUGGACUGUGACAGCACCUGUUUGUCCAACACCAUGCAGUGCCUUGAGGCAGCAGCCAUGGGGAAUGUGGAUGGGGCACUCAUGAAGGCGCUGCAGGCCCGCAACAACAGCACCAGUGCCCAACUGAGCAUCAAGCCUGAGAUGUUGUCUUCAUAACAAAGUGUGGGCCCCUGAUUGGGCAUCAUGAAUGACCAGCUCAAGUUUCAUGACCAAAGUGACGUGACUGACACCCUCAGCUACAUGGUGCCCUAUCUCUCAGAGGGAAACCCAGAGGAUGUGCAGUCAGCUCUACUGCUACUCAUUGCAAGGCUUUUUCCAAAUGCGUUUCAUGGAGAUAACACAGAUUCUUUAAAAAAAGAUAAAAAGAAGUCCUCCUUUAUCCAUGAAUCCAACAAAAAUAAAUUGGAAGAGCUGUAUUUGCUCAGAAAUUGGUUAAAUAUAGAAAUUCAGAAAAAAAUGUAGGAGGUUAAGAAGGAAGAAGACACUGUCAGGUUUAUACAGCCCAGCAUUUUGGGUCCCACCUUGGAGCCUCAAAUAUCUAGAACACUGGGAAGGGCUCCAACACAGGAAAACAGCAUGAGGGAGGACCUGAGAGGAAGGAGAAGGCUGCACCCAGUGGACAGGGUCCUCAGGGGCCUGAAGGGCACAGGUAGAAGGCUGCUGCAGGACAGGUGGAAGCAGCAGGUCAGGGGCAGGCAGGUCACCUGGUCCCUUGCACAAGUAGCCUUGGGGACCCCAGUGCCAUGGAGCUGGAGCAGCAUCAUGAGGGCCCCCAGGCCCAGGAACCUGGCCAGAUACUCCAUCCUCACAGAAGGACAGAGGGCAGCUGCCCCUUCCUCCCUGCCAGCUCCCUGGCUGGGCAGGUCCCCCACCUCCACCCCUGCCAGAGCCCAGCCUGUGGUGAGAGGCAGAGCGAAAGACUUCACCCACAGCAUAUGGUUUCUAAACCACGGGCAGGACAGAGUGCUAAGAAUGAAGGCAACUCCACCUGCCUGGCAGUCACAAAAGCGUCGUCUCUUGGCUGAAACUCUCUUCCCUGUGUCCCUCAAAACAGCCCAGGCCAACCUGAGGGCACAGCUCACCAAGGGAAAUGCACGCAGUGGCCUGAGCCCAGCAAAGAGGCCUGGGUUCUGGGAACUGAGGAGCCUCAUGGACUCGCCUCCAGGAGGCUUCCCGUCAGCACCAGGGGACCUUCGUGUGUCUGCUGCAGACUCUGCCUCGGGCUCGGCCUCGACCCCCACACACACAUCACCUCCCCAGUGCUGCCGUCCCUGGGGGUCGGGUUAGAAACGCAGCUGAAUCACUUGCUGCAGCCGCUCAUCCCUGACGACAACCUGAGAAGGUUCUUCGCCCAGGUCAUCAGCAUUUUGAAAAUGGACUGCGCUGAGGCCCCCCCCCCACCUGUGCCAAGCUCAUCUCCAAGUCUCACCGCCUGCUGAUGCUUCUGACUGAUCAGCGGGAGGCCACGGUGUCCCAGGCCCGGGGGGAGCAACAGCAGCUGUAUUCUGACCCCGUGGUCAUGGAGGGGACAGAAGCCCAUGGCAAGCAGAAGGGACAGCAGACACCUUGGAUGUUUAGAGAACAUGUUCUUGAAGGCAUGUAUAUAUACAAAUGCAUCAUUGGGGCAUUAGCAGCCCUGGCUGUGAUACGGAUAGCUGUCAUCAUCGUCCUCUGCGUCAGGCAGAGUUACCAGCACAGAAGAGCCAGAGUAGAUGAUCCAGAGGCCAGGAGGAAGCCCAGCAAAGAGGCCAAGCCUGCAGAAUCAGCCAGUGACAGGGAGAAUGACAGGGAGAGUGAUGAGCUAGUGGAGAUCCUCACCGACUGGCCUCAUCCUGCACGUGACCAGCAAAGCUUAUUUUUCCUUCGUCAACAAAAACUUUCUCAUCUCCUGCUAAAAAAAAAAAAAAAUACUAUUAUUGUUUUUAUGGAUGAGAUUUAUAUCUUUUAGUUAAUCUAGGAAUUUGGUCCAGUUCAGGUGUGUAUGUGAGAGCGUGUGUACGUAAUCUUUUAUUUUUCUUUCACAUCAGGAUUAUUUAUUUUUGUCAGACACAGAUAACAUCACUUCAUGGAACUACUCUAAGUGGCAGUUUAGAGUAAUAAUUUAUACUUAAGGUCUUAUAAAGCUAGAUUUUUUUAAAUGAAGCAUAUAUAAUGAAACCUUCCUUUGCUUCAUGAAAAUUUAUCACUUACAAUCUGUGUGCUUUUCUGUGUUUGUUAUUCUUCAGUUAAAUAUAUGCCAAUAAACAAAAGGAAAACAUGCUAUAGUAGGUAGAGAGUAUGAAAA